CUCAUCAUCUCCGAAUCAUUAAAAUACCCAACCUAGAAAUUUCCACAUCUUUGCUUUCUUUAUUCCAUCUCAUCCGUAACGUAACGUAAGCAUCGCCAUCGCUUGCUCAACAAAUUCAUCAACCACACACGCGAAACUCUAUCGCCAACGAUAUCUCAACUUACCUUAAAGCUUCACAUCUCAACUUUUCGUAUAUCAAAAUGUUCUCGCGAGCGUUAGCAACCUCUGCUCGACGAGUAGUCGCAUCGGCUGCACCUCGCGUCGCCACCCGCCAAACUCUUAACCCAGCCGCCAACAUCGCGCGCCGAUCCUAUCACGAAAAGGUUUUGGAUCACUAUAGCCGACCGCGCAAUGUAGGGUCGAUGCUUAAGACGGAUGCCGAUGUUGGUACCGGUCUAGUUGGCGCCCCGGCGUGCGGCGACGUCAUGAAGCUGCAGAUUCGUGUCGACCCUAAGAGCAACACCAUCUCCGACGUCAAGUUUAAGACUUUUGGUUGUGGCAGCGCUAUCGCCAGUUCCAGCUACCUGACGGAAUUGGUAAGAGGUAUGACGCUUGAGGAGGCAGGUCGUAUCAAGAAUACCGAGAUCGCCCAAGAACUUUGCUUACCACCUGUCAAACUGCACUGCUCCAUGCUCGCCGAGGAUGCUAUCAAAUCCGCCAUCUCCAACUACUACAGCAAGAAUCCCCAUGCCAAGCCGACAAAUCUAGCUGGUACCGAGGCAAAGAUGCCCAGCGUUAACGAAGCUGCGGCGGCAACUGCUUAAGUAUGAACGCAUCGAUUUUUUUAAAGAAACCAUUCGUUACUUGCAUGGGAUACGGAGUUAAGAUCGGAGGGGAAUGAAAAAUCGUGGUUUUGAUAAGCAGUUCAUGCGGGGAUACCGGUAUGGAUAUUGCCUCGUGAUAAUACCAGCAACAACAGAUCGCCGCGUGUUUCUGCUGUGAGAGGGGUGUGGAAGGGGUAUAUUUGAUGUUACGGUUAAGUUUAGCCAGGUUUGGAGUUCAAUGCGAUGGACGUGAAUCUCGUCAGUAAUUGAGUUAUCGAACUUGGGUUGUUUGAGCACUCAUUAAGAGAUGUACAAUAGUCCUCACCAAAUAAAAUCGUGAAGCCGCUUUGUAGCUGCCUGAAGUGUACCUAAUGGUCACGCUGUCGCAUGGAUACCUUUUCCUUUAGUAUUCUCAAUUCAAGUUCAUAAAUACCUAAGGUAUCUACUAGAGCGGCGAUGAGCGUCGAAGCUCACCUAUGUAUUCGAUUGCGAGAAACAAUACACUGCCCAAUUAAAUCUAAUUAUUUAAAUAAUUAUGA